UGCCGGAGCUAUAGCAUACACAUUCUAAAUUUUCCUUAUUUGGGUCGCCGGAGAAUCAAGAUUCCGGUAGCACAUACUGUUAUGAAUAUAUAAUUUACCUUCAUCGUACUUCGCCGGAAAAUAAAGAUUUGUUAAACGCGCCAUGUAAAGCGGUGAAUGGUGACGAAAAUGGCUAAGGGUAGAAAGCAUACUGCUAGUUGGAGCGAGAGGCUGUUAGGUAGUUACAGUUACGGUAACGGUAACGGCCACGAAAGGAUCGCCGGCGGCGAGUCGGAGCUCGGAGAGGAUGACGUGUGGUCGACGGUUGAUGGGAUGGCGAACGAUCGGAGUGGAGAGUGGAGCCCACGCGCCGGAUCCGAGAGUGGUGGAAGCUUUGAUGGUUUCAGGAGCCGCCGCCACCGCCAGCGGGUCCCACGUACGGAGUAUCACCGCCUCCAGGACCAGGAUGACGGCACAUCUUUGACUUUUGAUGAUUUGGGUGAAACGACGCCGUCUGGGGUCGUCCAUCAGUUUCUCGGGCAACAUGACGGCGUUACGGCGCCGGCGAAUGUACGGCAUCUUUCCACCUCCGUCCCGGUGAACAUCCCCAAUUGGUCAAACUUCAACCGAGUCAACUCGGUUGAGUCCUUUUAUGAUUCUGAUUCUGUUAGUUACGAUCGUGAUUUUGAAAUGGUCCCACCACAUGAAUAUCUGGCACGUGAGUAUGGACGAACAGGGACAAUCGCCGCAAAUUCAAUGUGCGAGGGCGCAGGUAGAACGCUUAAGGGUCGAGACAUGAGUCGAGUACGAGAUGCUGUUUGGAGCCAGACAGGAUUUAAUGGAUAAUAUAAUGGUGGUUGAUGAUAUUUGUUGGAUGUUAUAUGAGGAAUGGAAUUUGAUUGUUGCUACUUGCUAGUAUAUUCUUUUUGUUGGGCAAAUGGUACACUUAAUGAGUCAACCCGGUCGUAGUGCAGCACAUACAAACAUUAUAAUAAUUAUUAUUAAAGCCUCCCAUUGUUUAGGUAUGUAGGUUGAUUGCAAAUUGUACUUCGUUGGACUUUACGAAACAAAAAAAAAAAAUCAUUUUUAUGUUGAA